UAAUCUCGAUUUCCGGACCUGACAGGCAUCUCUGUCCGAUUGACAGUCGGAAAAAUGCUCGAGACUACGGAAAAUGCGGAUAGACACUCAGAUCAUGUGGCUCAUAAUCGUGUUAUCCUCGCUCCUGGCAUCCGCAACUGGCAAUCAUUAUCGAACCCGCCGAAAGCCCAUGCAGACGGAGGACUCGGACCUGAUGAGCAGUUUCGCUGGUGGAAGCGGUGGCAGUGGCGGUGGUGGUGGUCCUGUGUGCGACAUGUCGGGGGAGGCGAGCAACUCGCCGCCAAAGAAGCCAACGCGAGUCCAUCCUAGUGCCAAACAGCGAUCCUCCGGAAUCGCCGUCCAGGCGGCCAACGAGGCUAAAAAGGCCAACGAUGAUAUGGCCACAGCCGUAAAGGUGGCCGCUGAUAAAAUCAAAAACGAGUAUGCAGACAAGGCAUGCGCUGCGGCCAAAGCUGCCGAGGCAGUGCUGUCCGGGAAGGGUCAGGUGCUGGAGCAGUUGGAAGCGGAGGUGAGGGAGGCCGAAAUGGUGGUGCAGGAGGAAAACCAGGAGCUGAUCACCGCCGAGGCGAAUGCACAGCUGGCCAGCAAGGCCCACCACUUGGGCCAGCAGGAGCUCAAGACGCUGACCAUAAGCCUCAAGUUGGCCAAGGACAACCUGGAGGUCUCAGAUCAAGUAUUCGCAGUGUGGAAACAAUCGUUGAGCGACAAGUCGGCCCUUUUGGAAGCUGCUCAGCGGCGGGUUACUGAGCUGAUGCGCCAACUCAGCGAGGCUCGAAUAGACUUCGAGAAGACCAAGAAGGCGGCACUCAGUGCAGCCAGAGCCGCCCAAGAAGCCAAGCAGCGCAUAGAGCACUCUGACUGUGGAGGUGGUCGAAGCGGAAGGGGGCGACGAGCGUGGCGGGAGUACAAUGAAAUCCAUUGAUAGACCAUAUAUUUUGCAUAAAACAGGAAAACAACAGGAAUGAAUCAAUUUGAAUUUUAAUCUGUAGUUUAUUAAACUUUUUUCUUUAGGGAAUAAAAAUAUAAAAUUCC